CUAUGUUAUAGAAACCAUGGUUGUCUGGAAUCCUUCACUCAUCACUUGCCAAAAAAGUAUCAAGUCAUCAAGCACUUACUACCCAUCAGUAGUCAUGCUAACUUCUAUGAAUACAAAUAAAAGCAAAAAAAAAACGUACUUGCCUUCAAAACAGUACUUUGGUUAGGGAAGCCAAUCCAUAAAAGGGAGCUGGAAAUGAUGAGGGAAGAAGAGAUGCCAAAGUCAAGAGCCACAGGCAGUGUUCACCAAUGAGAGAAGGGAGAUGGAAGAGCAAAUAGAACUUUCAGGGUAAGAUGGCAGCAGAUGAAUCAUAAUGAAGUCUAGGAUGGCAGAAAUAAAGCCAGGAGAGAAGUGAAUGCUGUCUGGCCUGGAUCCUUCCUCAAAAUGGAGGUCUGGAAGCAAAUUACCAAGAGAAAGAGGGGUCUGAAAGAUGAAAGAAUCUACCAUGAUGAGAAGGUCCAACAAGAUCAGCAUUAUGACUGAUGGAGACUAUGACUAUCUAAUCAAACUCCUGGCCCUUGGAGAUUCAGGGGUGGGGAAGACUACAUUCCUUUAUAGAUAUACCGACAACAAAUUCAAUCCAAAAUUCAUCACUACAGUAGGAAUAGACUUUCGGGAAAAACGUGUGGUAUACAAUGGUCGAGGACCAAAUGGAACUCCAGGAAAAGCUUUUAAGGUACAUCUUCAGCUUUGGGAUACAGCAGGACAGGAAAGAUUCCGAAGUCUUACCACAGCAUUUUUCAGAGAUGCUAUGGGCUUCUUAUUAAUGUUUGACCUCACCAGCCAACAGAGCUUCUUAAAUGUCAGAAACUGGAUGAGCCAACUACAAGCUAAUGCAUAUUGUGAAAAUCCAGAUAUAGUAUUAAUUGGCAACAAAGCAGAUCUGUCCGACCAGCGGGAGGUCAAUGAACAGCAAGCCCGAGAUCUUGCAGACAAAUAUGGCAUACCCUAUUUUGAAACAAGUGCAGCAACAGGGCAGAAUGUGGAGAAAGCUGUGGACACGCUCCUGGACUUAAUAAUGAAGCGUAUGGAACAGUGCGUAGAGAAGUCACAAGUCCCCGAUGCUGCCAAUGGAGGAAAUUCGAACAAGCUGGAUGGGGAGAAACCAGCUGAAAAAAAGUGUGCUUGCUAGACUUUACCUUUUUAAACUGAUAAUCAAGAACCUCAGCCAAAUAGUUGAUCAGAAAAUGGUUGACAAACCACAUAAUUGAUGAGUGGGUCUUGCACAGAUACAUUUUCUUUUUUUUUCUUCCAGAGAAUGAAUUUUUAAACAGCAUCGUGAUCAUCGAUGUUCAGUGGGACUGGACUAUGAGCUAUAAAGCCUGACAGUUCUGGGUCUGAGAUUUCCCAACACAAUCUUUCCAUCAGGGGCAUUCAAUUGAUUUUUUGGUCAUUGUUUUGUUGUUGUUGUUUUCAAUAUUACAAAAACAUUGAAAUUCUCCAGUAGAGAGCUUAAAAUCAGAAAGGAAAGCGGUCAUUUGUUAGGUGCAUGUGGAGAGGGAGGAGUAAUAAAUUAAUUACUGAGGGAAGAGCGUAAAAAGGGCACUUUUCAGAUUGUUUUUACUUCUGUGGAGUCUGAUUCAUUCUUUUUGUGUUUGCAUUGUUAGUAAUAUAUUAGCUGAAGAGAAUCUGCAAGUGAAGAAUUCUCCAGGGUUCAUUAAAAAUGACCUUAUUAUAGAUACACAGUAUGUAGCUUGCUCUACUAAAUUACCAACAAGGUGACUGGGAGGAUGAAUAUCCAGCUUUUGAUUAAAUUCAGAGAAGUGGAUGAUACUGUCAUUUCUGUGUUCCUAGUAAAUGGCAGGUAGAAGAUAACAAGACUGGAUAGGAUGACCUAUAGGCAAAAUGGGCAAUCCAAAAAAAGGUAAUAUGGGAGGUUGACAUUUUGCAUGUGCUGAAAAGAGAUGUAUAAGUUGCAGAUUUCUGAGAGAGCAUUUUAACUAGACUUCAUGCAUGUCCAAUUUGAAGUUGAUGUUACCAUCCAGGGCUGACAGCAAGAAUUCCAAGGGCUUCCAUUUCCAACGAGGGGUCAUAGUGUUUGCUUAACAACACAUUUUACUUUUUCCCCUAAAUGUCACUGAGGGAGUUUCUCCUUCUUGGAAUAUUAUAGUUAAAUCUCAUUCUCAAAGAAGCCAUCCAUAAAACUACUGAGAUUUUCCUCUCUUCUUCACAGAAUCAACCCAAGUGAAAUAUGCUAUUUUGUUUUCUUAAAAAGUAAAAAGUGAUAAUUAAUUGUAAAGAAUUAGGAAUUCCAGAGACCUCCUGAACCACAUUUUCUUCCCAUUUUGUCAAACAUUCCAUUCUAACCAGAUUGAUCUAGAACUACUGAAAAACAAAAGGUCUUUGCCUGGUUCCCUCUGAAUUUCCAGAUGUUCAAUAAGAUUAUGAUGUAGUUUAUACCAUAAUAUAGCUCAAUAACUUAUUCCUAACCUAUGCUUUUAUUUUUACCUAAUUCAAGGAGAGUGAAAAGUGUGGAGACACAUUUGGGUGGGGGAGAAUAACAUUCAUUAAACUUAUCAGAUUUAGACCAUGAUAAUAAUAUUAUAAGGUCUUGAUAAAUAAAUAAACAUAUAAAAACUUUCCCAUGGAACUUCAUUCUUCCCAUAAUUCUAGAAACUCUAAACUAUGAAUUAGGUGUCUGAUGAAUAUAUUACAUUAUUUAAUAGAGAUUAAGAGCCUUUACUUUUUUCCUUAAGAGAAGAUACUUUUUUGAAAAUCAUUUCUCAUUCCUGCUCAUGAGAGCAAAUGAAGACUCAUCUAGAGAUAUCUAUAUAAUCUUACCCCCUGAAAGUCCCAUCUUUCCUCAUGCCUCCCCUUGUUUCUUCCAGGAUUCAACUUCACCCCAGUCUGCCCUCAUUCUUCCACCACCCAAGUCACCCUUGUUGACUUCCAAGAGAGAUAUCUAUCUUGACAGAGGACAUUAGUCUUCUUGUCCUUAGGAGGAAACAAGAUUAGAAGAAAGCCACUGGUAUCUGCUGGGGAAAAUUCAAGUGAAAUUCUACCUUCUGUCCCCAUCUUCUUUUUAAAACCCUUACCUUCUGUCUUAGAAUCAAUACUGUAUAUUGGUUCCAAGGCAGAAGAGCGGUAAGAGCUCAGCAAUGGGGGUUAAGUGACUUGCCCAGGGUCACACAGCUAGGAAGUGUCUGAGUCCAGAUUUGAACCCAGGAUGUCCCUUCUCCAGGCCUGGCUCACUAUCCACUGAGCCACCCAGCUGCUCCCCCAUUCCCACCUUCUGCCAGUUUCUCUUACUCUUUGCCAAGCUCUCGUAGCAUCAGCUGGCUUUUCAAAUGUGUGGCCACAUUCCUUCUUUGAAUGAGCCUUGCUCAUGACAUUUUGUAUUCUCAAGACCAUCCCAAGAAGGUGAAAAGCCAUUAGCUGGUAUCUAAGACCAUGGAGUGGAAGGAAAUUCAGUGGUUAUCCUCUUCCAUUGCUCAGACACAACCAUAGUCCUUUUCAUCCUACUGGCAGUGUCUUCUUUGGGCCAUUCAUCCAUUUCUUUGUCUUUUAUGACUGAAAUCUCGAGUUUUCCCACUUCUUUCCCCUGCAUUCUUUUAUAAGGUCCAAAAAAGGCUAUGCAGUGCAAUUAGACUUGAUUUUGUAGCUGUUAUUAUUCCCAGUCCCUCUAUGGACACUUAAAGUUUUGGGAUCUUUGUGCCAAAGAACUGUUUUCUGAUAACUGGGGAAUGAAGUAGAGAGGAUCAACAUGCCAACAAAGCUAUUGUACCCAAACUAGAGGUGGGAGGUUGGGGAAGGGGAGGGAAGGGAGGGACCUCCAUAGAUGGCUAUGGUGUAGGCAGUCUUUGGAAAGGGUCAAAAGAUUUAAUGGCAAAUAAUUUAAAACUAUAAUCUCACCUUUAGUUUGUACAUCCUCUUUGGCCAAUAUCAUAUUGGAUAUAUAUAUAUAUAUAUAUAUAUUAUAGCUGUUCCUCUGAUUGCCAGAUCUGUCCCUCCAAUAUAAAGUCCAGGGCUCCUUCUUCUUCUUCACUUUAUUUUUGCACCAGUGGAUGAGAGAUAUUUUUUUCCUAGAGAGACAUUAUUUUGAAGAAUUUAGAUGGUUCUACUUUGAAGAAACACAAAUCCUUUGUUUGUGGAAAAAUAAAAUGACAUGGAACUCCAUCCCCUUUAAAAUCCCUAGCCAGCCAGUGUUUUUCAGUCGCCAAGGUGUUUUCCCUCUCAAUGCCUCUGAUUAUAUUGUGCUGUUGGAAUUGUCCAAAAUGUAUGUGAAGCUCUUUUUCCAGUGUAGAAACCAUCUCUGUAGAGAAUCUGCACUGGUUUGAUGUUUACAUUUCUCUUUCCUGGUGCCUCAGAUACUCUGUGACCAAAAUUGGCUUCAGCCACAAGGCAUAAUUCUGGUAAUAUUGUAUUACUGGGCGGCCUCUUUGGAGUUUGGGAUUCUUUUUCAGGGCUAUCGAACUCCAUCUACAGCCCACAGUCCAGCUUACUGAAAUUGCAUAUCCUAAUUUCUUUGCUAAUGAGUUCCCAAAGGGUCAGUCAAGAUGACCAUAAUUCAAGUUCAGGAUUAUCCUUCAAAUGGGAAAUCCUUUGGUGAAAAUGGGUUAAGCAGAGUUGGAUUAGAGAUUCUCUUUUUUUUUUUUCCAGUUUGGGGAUGGUAAACUGUUAAUGGAAUUCCUGUGGGUUUCCAGUCAGAAUUUCAGGUGAUUACCAGUCAAUUCCGUGCAGGGCUCUGGGUCAGUUAAGUCUCCAAACAAACCUUUUCAGAGGAUUCUGCAGUGACCACACUAAAAGGGCCAGCUUUCAUGCUGUGCUAGCGUGUUGGCUAUCCCUUACUGCCGAAAUAAAUUUUUAAAAAAGACUAGUAUCUUCAAAAAUAUUUGGGCAAGGAUAUUGGCUCUGAAUAAAUUCAUCACAACAUGACCAGGAGGGUUAUGCUAGCUGAUUUCCUGUGUUUUCCUGGCUAUGCUUUUGUCAUCCGACUAAGUACAUUGUUUUGUAUUGCCAAAGCUUCCAUUUGGAAUGCUUUGGGUGAGGAUUGGUAAGCACUUAGGUCACCACUCCAUAGGGAGAGAACUCUUUAUUCUUUAUCUUUGCAAGGUGGAAGAAAAGUUAAUCAUGGCGAUCUUAUUUUUCUGUGAAUCAAACAUUAUUUUUAAAAAUUCUGAAUAAAGUUGAUUUGAAAUUUAGCCAAAAGUCUCUCUGAACUUGAAAUUCCCUUGAAUCUGAAGGGACCCAAUUUCCCUGCUCAGACUUUGAAAUAUAUUGACAUUAAAAGAAGUUAAGUUCUACAAAGAAGCUCUAGAAAAUUCAUGGGACAGGAUUAUGUAGUGUUUCACUUAAACAAUGAUCAAGAGCAAGGGCUCUGCUCUCCAACAUGCUGUGUGAUCAAGAAGGACUGCUUAACUUCUUUGUCUCUGGUUACUUAAAAAGGCAUGGUUCCCUUUUGUUCCUUGUAUAUCUUGCAGAGGAGCUAGAAGAUUUAAGACAUAUGUCUAUAAAGAAUUUUGAAAAGAGAGAGAGAGGAUAUAAAAUUCAAGGUACAAAUGGAGUGAGCAUUUCAGAUUCCUGGUUUAGGGACAAACUUUGUUCCCCCGACCCAGGGAAAUCUAAGUGUUGAAUUUAUCCAUUGAGAAUGAUCUUUCACUUCUACCAGUGGUUCCCUUUGGGCUAUUAGUGAAAUAUUUUUUUUUUAAAUCUAGGUUUUACAUAUCUUUUAGUAAAGCUUUUGCAUUUCUAAAAAAAAUCUAUAAUAUCUAAAAAGAUCAUUUAGGAAUACAUCAAGGAUUUUAUUUCUCAGAUUUUGUAAAGGAUGAUUUGAACACAUUUGAUGGGGGUAAAGGGGAGGAAUGCUGAGAUAGGGCUUGAACAGUGGGCAAUGAGUGGAAAGCAUUGUUUGCUUAGCUGAAGAGUGCCCAGAUGUUUGAUGAAGCCAUGAAAAUAAUGGUCUAGUAUGAUAGCCUGAAGAGGAUUGUUAGAAUGUGGAAGCUUUCAUUAAUCUUACUGCCUUUGGAUUCUUUUUGGAUACCAAAAGACAACAAAAUAUGGGAUUAUAUUUGUGUGGCCAGAGAUGAGUAAAGAAACAUUUUAUUUAAGUCUAUAUGUGUUAAGUGUGAAAAAACCAGGUUUAAAGAAUUAAUUCUAUAUAGAAUAAAAGACAUUGAUAGAGAGCUAUUUUAUAACAGAUUUAUGGAAAAUUUUUAUUAAUCACUUUUCUCUCCCCAAAAAACUAUUUAAUGGGGAGCAAAAAUCAGAUGUACAACAAAAGAGGCAUUUGCAGUUUGCUAUAUUUGGAGAAUAUUUUCUUUAUUUUAUAUGAUGUUUUUUCUUUUCAUUAACAUUACUGAGACUUGAAGAAUAGUAUUCCAAAGCCCUUUUUCAGUGAAGUCCCCAUUCAAUAGCCAGGGGUUUUUUUCCAUCUUUGCAUUUGAAGAAAAGGUUAUAAAACUCAAUUUUGUAGCUAUGAGACUGAAUAAUGAGAAAUGACUCUACCAAUGGCUUAAGAAGAGAUUUCUAAAGAAGGGUAGAAUCUUUUAAGUUCUGCUUCUCAGGCAGAGUAGUUCAAUAGAGAGGAGACCGAAUUAUUUGGAGGCCACCCCUGCCACGACCUUACUGGUCUUUUGGGAAGUCUCAUUUCUGGAGACCUGCUUCCUCUUUGCAAAAUGACCAGGUGACCUCUAAGGGCUAAUGUAGUUCCAGUCGUCUCUGCCUUCCUCUGAAGGAUGUUGACAAGGACCCACAAACCCCAAGUAUUGUCAUGUCCCAGGAACAGACUGAACAUAAGCAGAGGUUUACUUUCUUGGUGAUUACCUUAUUUUUUUUUAAACAGGGUGGCUGUUGACUUAUUAAUUGGUGUUAGUCAAGGCAAAAAGACAAACAAACAAAACUGUUUUAAACCAUGAGUUGAAGCUUCUUCUUUCGUUUUAUUGGCUAUUUUUCAAAGGCUCUUCUGAUAUGCUAAGGACAAUCCCUACCACCACCACCUCUGCUGUCAUACACACACACAGGCGUAGGGACCUUCCAGGGUGGAAUUUCCCUCCACCAAAGCAGAUGAUGAAUUGUUUCACAAUUUUAGACCUGCCUGGGGUACUCAGACUUGAGACACAACCAGGAUGGGUCUUGGGCACCAAGUCUUCCAGACUUCGAGGUGGCUAAGGACAACAGCCAUUAGUUUAACUAUUAAUACGUGGAAUGAAGUGGCCAGGUAGGGAAAACAAAAUCACUCCAUGGAAACUUGAGUAUUUCUAGAAGCUGCCAACUUGGGCCUCCCUUGAUCUGUGUAUACUUCUUUUCAAGUACAACGAGUAAAAGAUGAGCCUUGAUUUCCUCAUGUACUUCCUUCGAGGCUGCCAGUGACAUUACCUUCAAAGCGUAUGCCAGUGUGGCGAAAAUCCUCCCUGUGUAAUAGGGCUUGUGUGUGUGUGUGUGAACAUAUCCACGUAAGAGAUGCUGGCUGUACCUGCAAUUAUUUCUGGAAACAAAUUUGUACUUCUCUAGUUAUGUUUUAAAGAAAACCAUAGUUUUGACUCUUAACGGUCAAAGUGUUUUGCUGUGUCCCAAACUUCCCUUUAGAUAACGGACUCCCCAAUGUUAUCUUGUGCAUCGUUUUCUCGUUUUGAUGUCACUCUUCACAGGUCUAUAGACAUUUUGUCUUAUUCUAUGAAUGUCAUUUCAACCCUUUGAUGGUAUUUUCUCUCUCCGUGCCCUUCUGUAGACUGUGGUGCCUGAUGAUGUCAUGUUAUCAUUUUGUUGUACCAAAGUUCCUGUGGAUUAAGAAAAAAAAAUUGUCCCAUGAAUCGCUGGUAUCUGGGUUUAAAUAAUAUGGUCAAGGAAUGUCUCCUGUGAUUGUUUCUGCACUUUUCAAAUAAAAAUGCAUUUUUACCAGU